UUCCUCCCAAAAUUUGAAUUCCCUUGCCCCGCUGCUCGCAAAAGCCCAUCGUCAUCUUCUUCGCCAGAAAACCCCUCCAUUGAAACCCAACUCUUCUUCCUCUCCGUUACUUCAAAACUUCGUCUCCUCUCUCUCUUUUCAUGGCCCUUCUGUAAAAACAUGGCUGCGAUGGAGAAGCUAUUCGUGCAGAUCUUCGAGAGGAAGAAGUGGAUCAUUGACCAGGCCAAGCACCAGACCAAUCUAUUCGACCAACACCUCGCGUCCAAGCUUAUUAUCGAUGGAAUUGUUCCUCCUCCUUGGCUCCACUCGUCUUUUCUUCAUUCCCACGUUUCGCAUUUCGAAGAGGUGAACAGAAGUUUUAUUUCUGAAGUUGAGUUCCCACGUUCGCCGCUUGACACCCAUCCUUCUAGUUUGAAUGAGGCAUUUGUUGCAGACAGUGGGGAGGAGUUGCAGCACAGGUCGAAUGAAGAAGCUGGUUCUUUAAAUGAUGAUUUUGAUGCAGGAAUUAGGCCGGCAGUUUCACCCCAGUGUAACAUAAGUGAUGCCAGUGUCUUAAAUUGCGCGCCUCGUAUUGACAUGAGUCCUGUUUCUCCUCAAGGCCGAGGAGGCCUAGUUUCAGAAAAUUAUCGAGAUCCUACUCUGUCAUUGGCACGGUUACACAGAUCUAAAUCUAGGCAAAGGGCUUUAGAGUCGCGUAAUAGUGUGAAAUCUUCAAAGUGCCAAUCUCGGUGUGAGAACAAGAGUGAUUCUACUGCUGGUGGGUUUGUGGGAUCUGCUAUUGGUUUGCUGCAAGCCGAUCACGAAGAUGCAUCAGGGUUGGCAAAGCCUUCCAGUAGCUGUAAGGAAAUUGGUUCUGUAGAAGAAGAUACUAAUGUUGGUUGCGCGCAGAAGGAUAUCUCUAUUUGCUCGGAUAAAGUUACAGUAGUUGGAAGCCCUGGGUUGCAUAGUAGCUCUACUGAUGUGGGCAAUUCUUUAAACAUUUCCUCUAAAAAUGAAGAGUUAUUUGUAGCUGGAGGUUCAACGCAGAAUUCUUAUCAAGUGAAUGAGCAAUUUGAUUCACCCAGACCUUCUUCUGGAAAGACCGAAUACUGUGCAGAAGGGUCGGCAUAUUGCAGGAGCCAUGAAUAUAAUUUUGAUAACGCUGAACAGUCCAGGUUGCAAUGUAACUCUUUGGAUGUGAAUAAAUCUUCUUGCUUUUCCCCUGAAGAUGGAAGAGCGUGUUCUAUAGGAGGCUCAAAAUUGCAUUCUGAUCAAGUGGAUGAGCAAUUGGACUUGCCUAAACCUUCUUCUGACAAUAUUGAGUGUCGUGAAGAGGCGGUAUUAGGACAUUGCAGGGACCAUGACUAUGUUAUCGAUAAUGCUCUACAGUCUGGGUCACAACGAAGUUCCCCAGAUGUGGACGAUUCAUCAUGUAUUGACACCAGUGAUGGGAGAUUGUUGUACUUGUCUAACCCUUCUUCUGAGAAAGUUGAAUGCUGUGAAGAAACUAUUUUAGGACAUUGCAGGAGCCAGGAAUGUAAUUUUGAUAAUGCCGAACAGUCUGGGUCGCGAUACAGCUCCCAGGAUGUGGAUAAUUCUUCAUAUGUUGACUCUGAAGAGGGAGGAUCAUGUCCCAUUGGAAGUUCAAAAGUGCAUCCUGAUGAAGUGAAAGAGCAAUUGGACUUAUCUAAAUCUUCUUCCGACAAUAUAGAGUGCUAUGAAGAAAAAAUAUUAGGAGAUUUCAGUAGUCAGGAGUAUAAACUUAAUAAUGCUCAAAAGUCCGGGAUGCAACAUAAUUCGGAUGGGGACAAUUCAUCAUGCUUUUCUUCUGCCAAUGGAAAUUUAUGUCCUGUUGAAAGUUCAAAGCAACAUUCUGAUCGAGUGAGUGAGCCGUCGGAGUUUUUUAGACUUUCUUCUGUCAAUAUUGAAUGCCAUGAAGAAGAACUAGAAGACUGUAGGACUCAGGAAUGUAAUUCUGAUAAUAAUGCGAGACAGUUUGGUCUAAACAAAAUUUUCAGUUCACCAACAAUGGAAGUAAGGCAGAAAACAUCAGAUAAGAAGACCUCCAGUUUUCUGGAUGACAAGAGGGAUGUUAAUGAAAAAGAAAAAUGCAAUUCAUCCCUUCACAUACCUUUGCCACACAUUCAGGUAGACUCAAUGAAGGAAAACGAAUCUGAUAAAGGUGUAUCUGAAUCUCACAGUGAGAGGAGGUAUGAAGACAGAAGAGAUUUUAACGGAAAUACUAUCUUAUCUGCUAACAAGUCGCUGCAAGGUUAUGAAGAAGGAACUACUUGUUCUUUGCUGCAAAGUGAUGAACCUGUUGAACAAAAUAUUUCUUUGAAAGAUGGAGUAUCGAAUUUGCAGAAUCCCCAUGAAAAUGUAGUUGAAAUUCCACUAGUGGAUGCAAAUGAUGCAUCAAUCCUGAUAAGAGAUACAGAAAAAUCUCAAGAUCACAUUGUCAUGGUUCCUUGUGUUCCUUCCGCUGGUGAAAAGGAUAGUUAUUUGGAGCAGCAACAGAAAAGUUCAGGCAUAUCUCAGUGUGAAGAUUCAGAUUCCUUUGAGGGUUGCACUGAUGACUUUAAUGGUAACCAUCAUUGCAUAUCAACAGAGUGCCAGACUGCAGAAACAUCAAUAGAGUUAAAAACUUUCAGCUCAGUUUUGGAGGCAUCUACUUCUCAUGAAGAUGUGAGAAAGGUUGAGCUGCAAUUGGAGAAUGGUAUUCCUGGAUCUUUAGGCUUGAGGAUUGAGCGACUUCAAAUUAUCAACGGGAGUCCCACCGAUAAAAGAUUGAUGCAGGAAUUUGACACUGAAAAACCUGUCCUUGAAUUUCAAAGAUUAUCAUUUUGUGAAGAAGGUUACCAACAAUCAAAAGUGAGCAUUCUCCCUAUUGAAAUGUUGCUUUUGGAAAAGGAAGCUCACUUAAUGCAGGUGUCUGAUUCUUCACCCACGCUUCCAGUUAAAGAGGAUCUCUCUAGGUUCGGAAGCAAUAACAGAGUCACACCGUUGCAAAAUCUUAUGCUAGCGAGCCAAAGUUUGAAUCCCGAAGAAAGUCCUCAGUUUGUAGAUAAUGAACUUCCUGUUGAUACUGAGAAAACGGAAGGAGAGGAGGAAAAUGGGAAACUUACUUCUUGCUCGCUUCUUACUCCACUUAUCCAAACUUCUCAUUAUCUUGGUGCAGAUAAGGAUAUGCCUGCAUUAGAGGGGUUCCUAAUGCAGUCUGAUGAUGAACAGCCAUGCAUCUCUGUUGGUGGAAUCAACUUUGACAAAUUAGAACUUUCAAAAUGUAUGAUAGAACGUGCUAGCAUCUUGGAGAAAAUUUGUAAAUCUGCUUGUAUAAACAGUCCAUUAUCCUCAUCUUCAGAAAGUUUUCAGUUGAACAAGGUGACAGAUUUGUACCAUUCUCUUCCUAAUGGUCUACUAGAGAGCAUGGACUCGAAGAGUAACCUUCUGAUGAAUGAUCAAAAUAAGCUACUGAAGGAUGGUAGUAACUUCUUGAAUGGAGAAGUCAACUGCUCUCCUCAUGGGCCUUUUUUCGAUUGCCUGCAAAGCAUUAGCUGUCAUUCAGCUAGUGAUGUCAGGAAGCCGUUUGCAUCUCCAUUUGGUAAGUUGUUGGAUAGAAAUUCAUUAAAUUCCUCAAGUUCGGGAAAACGAAGCAGCCAGAACAUAGAGCUUCCUUGCAUUAGUGAAGAAACUGAGAGUACAGAUGAGAUUGAUAAUGAGUUUUCAAAGGAUAUGAGAUCGAACAAGCGUGUACCACUUGUUGAUAUUACAGAAAAUGCAAAUGUUCAGGUAACAGUUUCUGAAGCUGCAACUUUUGCUGAUAGAUUGAGUUUAGAAUCUUUAAACACGGAACUCAGCAACACAGGGACUCAUAAUAGAACCCAAAAGAACCUGGGAAAUCAGAAAAACAGUAAAAGGAAAUAUGUGAAUGAGGCUGUAGAUCUUGAUAUCUUGCCAGGAGCAAACGGAGCUAAGAGAGUCACUAGAUCAUCUUAUAAUAGAUUUAGCAGGUCAGAUUUAUCCUGUAAAGAAAAUUUCAGAAAAGAAGGCCCUCGAUUCUCUGGAAAGGAAUCCAAGCAUAAAAAUAUUGUGUCCAAUAUUACUUCUUUUAUUCCUCUUGUCCAACAAAGAGAAGCUGCAACUAUUUUGAAAGGGAAGAGAGAUGUUAAGGUGAAGGCCAUUGAGGCUGCUGAGGCUGCAAAGCGCCUUGCAGAAAAGAAAGAAAAUGAACGUCAAAUGAAGAAAGAAGCCCUGAAACUCGAAAGAGCAAGAAUGGAACAAGAGAAUUUGAGGCAGAUUGAACUUGAGAAAAAGAAGAAAGAAGAAGAGCGAAAGAAGAAAGAGGAAGAAAGGAAGAAAAAGGAGGCUGAUAUGGCAGCAAAGAAAAGACAGAGGGAAGAAGAAGAGAGGAAGGAGAAAGAAAGAAAAAGAAUGCGUGUUGAAGAAGUUAGGAGACGAUUACGAGAGCAUGGUGGGAAGUUACGAUCUGAUAAAGAGAAUAAGGAAGCGAAACCCCAAGCCAUUGAACAAAAACCACGCGACAGAAAGGCAUGUAAGGAUGCGACUGACAAACUGGACAAGGAAAGUGGAAAUGACAAAUUUGACAAACUCUCGGUUACUGAGUCCAAGACUACUUCUACAAGCGAUGCUGAGAGGGGAAACUUUGUUGUGGAGGACUCACAACCGACUGUAGAUUUUCUAGAGGCAGAGGCACUUGAAAGUGGGAUGGAAAAAAGAAUCUCCGAAACAAGUGAAGAACAAUCAUAUCAGAUUUCUCCUUAUAAAGCUUCUGAUGAUGAAGAUGAAGAGGAUGACGAUGAUGGCAUACAGAAUAAUAAAUUUGUUCCUUCGUGGGCCAGUAAGGAUCGCUUAGCUGCCCUUUUUGCUUCCCAGCAAAAAUUGAAUCCAGAAAUUAUCUUUCCACCGAAAAGCUUUUGUGAUAUAGCCGAAGUUCUCUUGCGUCGGCAGCAUCAGUUUAAAUAGUCCAAACUUUCAGAAUGUGGAUAGAUUUAAUCUGCAACAGAAACAUUCCCCUUUCUCUCUGUGCAAGAGACUUGCCUAGAUUUUGCUGACUAAUUUCUCAAGAAAUUGCUGAUCAGGUGAUUAGUUUCUUGCUACUCUAUAUUCUGAAUGGCUAGAUGAUUAUUGUACAAUAGGCAGCUUUACAUGCGUAGGGUUAGUUUCUUAGCACCAAAAUAAGCUAUAAAACCCCGUACCCACCGCCCUCUUUGAACUGGAUACCUCAACCACGAAAAAGUUGGGGAAAAAGGCUGUAGUAAAUUCUUGGUGACCUUCCCUUUUUGCUUUGGGGUUAGGGUACCCCUGUAGAAAAGCAGAAUGUAACCUGCCAAUAUGUAGGUGUAAAGCACUAGUUCUUAAGAUAACUUCUCUAUGUACAAUUUAUUUUUAUUAUAUUGUCUAAUGAAGAUGAAAGUGGAGAUGAUAUUGUUCAUCUUGAAGAGGUCAAACAAAGAUUGAGAAGUAGAUGACAAUUGACAUGAUGUAAGAAAUAGUUUCUGUUUUCUAUUUUUAUUUUAUUCAUUCAUGGUGGAUUUAGUUCA